AUGUAUCGGAAGUUGUCUAAGUUAGAACACUCGGAAAUAAAACAACUUCUUACAGAAGCUAAUAUAGAUGUUGCAAAGCAUUACGCAACAAACAAAAAGGCACUCGCUGACAUCCUCAAUGACUAUAAUGGUGCAAUAAGUUAUGAUAGAAUUCAUGAGUUCAUAAAGCCGCAACGCGGCGAGGACGAAGUCCAUGCAAUAGCAUUUCCUUUAAAUGACGUUGCUAUUGACUUAUAUCAUAGACGUUCAGUACCUCAUGAAGUAAGAAGAGAAAUGUUUGACAUAACAAAUGCAAACGUUGAUGAAACAAGAAGAAGAGACGACACACUGAAACAACAGAGAAGAGAGAUGUUUAAGAGCGCUAUAGAACAAGUUCGCAAAGCUAACAAUGUCAUUCGUUCCAUUGACGACAAACCAAAAGAAGGUGAGAGAUGGUUAAAGAAAGAUGAAGAGAAUAGGAAGAGAAAUGUGAAGUCAGGCAAUAGACUCAUUGACUUUAACAUCGAAGCUUUAGAUGAACCAAACAGAGACUACUUACACAAACAUUUCGGUAAG